AUGCCUUUGAAGUCGUAAUUGUACUAUCUGUGAAAUUACGGAUAAAUGCGAAAACAGUGUAAAAUAUUCCGAUUAAUUUUCAUUUGUAUUUAUCGAUAAAGUAAAAUAAUGAUAAUAAUAACAGAAAGAGGCGAAGCAACAGGGUUGACUCCGCCACGAAAAUAAAACCACGAAGUAAGGAAUUUUCAAUGAGCGUGUCGAAUUUGGUCAACAAAAUAUUGAAUUGCUAUUUAAAGCUUAUUUGAUCGAAUAGACGUUCGUAGUGGCUAUGUGGUUACGAAUGCAGUGGUAUAAGUGGACGCACGUGGCAUUUCGUCAAAAAAAUACUUUAUAUCGGAGUUGUGCGUUCAGAUCGUUUGAAUGUUUGCUACUUUGCGGAACGGUUUGUACUGAACGACACAUUUCCUCAAAACGUUUUUGAACAUACUUUGAGGUACGUUUGCUCCAUUUAGGCAUUCUGUGUCAUUAUAGCGUCUGUGAUCGUUCGUACAGGGCCGUUGUGGCUACAACCCCAGGUGACUACUUUAAAAUGGUGGAAGUCUUCAAUUGCGCUGCGCACGCUAAAACGUCAUUUUGGCCACUAGAGACCUCUGUCCUUCUGUAUGAUCCUGUUUUGUGGGUGUGGCUUGAAGCAAUGAGGACGUAAUUAAAGGAGAGUGGCCAUGAUGACAGCGUUCUAAAACAACAACCCAACCUCCCCGUUUUUCAACUGGACGUUCAGUACAGCGCCAUUUCCAUUCAAUUGAACGCAGCCCUGUUGUUCACACGCGUAUCUGCUCUCUCGUUGGCUAGAAUGGUCCCACCUGAUCUAGCCUUCUCCCACCUGACAUAUUUGAGGACAUGUAAUUCCAUUGUUAGAGCGGUCACUCGACUAUCUUGACAAUAUAUAAAAAAGUAUUUGAGCGUAUGUUCGCAUAAUAUUUUACGUAAAACAGCGAGCGUGAUUACGUCAGCCUUUGCGUGUUCGUUGUAAAGCAUGAGGCGCAUACUCGGUUGCAAUACGUUGAAGAAUAUCAGGGAAGUAGGUAAAUACUUUAAUCCCCAGGUUUCUUUGAUAGCUUGCUGUCGAGCCUUAUUUUAUCAGUCACUUCGCACGAAAACUACCAGUUAUUCUACAGACAUGGAUCUCAGUGACAUGCGAAAAAAAUACAAAGGAGACGACGAGUUUGGAGAUUGGUUUGAUCAAGCCACAAAGUGUCCUGAAAUCGGAGAGCCCAAUGCAAUGUGCAUCGCCACAUCCACAAGAGAUGGACGUCCAUCUGCUCGAAUGGUCUUGUUAAAAGGCUACAGUGAAGAAGGCUUCCGGUUCUUUACCAACUACGAGAGCCGGAAAGGUGGUGAGCUGGAGAGCAACCCUUAUGCAUCUCUGUGCUUUUACUGGGAGCCUAUCAACAGGCAGGUCCGUAUCGAGGGCAACGUGGAGAGAAUCCCCUACCAGAGCUCCUGUGACUACUUCCACUCCCGGCCCAAGAGUAGCCAGAUCGGGGCCGUUGUGAGCAGACAAAGCACUGCAGUCCCUGACAGAAAUUACCUGAGACAGAAAAAUGCAGAGCUGAAGGAAAAGUACAAGGACACAGAUGUCCCCAUGCCCGACUACUGGGGAGGCUAUAUCGUCAAGCCUUACUUGAUAGAGUUCUGGCAGGGUCAGACCAACAGGCUACAUGACCGCAUCGUCUUCACGAGGCUGAAAAAUGGAGAGCGUGUUCUAGAAGAGUAUGAACAUAAUGCUGAGGCAGGCUGGGUCUACCAGAGGCUAUCCCCAUGAGGUCGGUUACAUUAGGGGACAUGGACUAAAGGCAAGGCUGGAGAUUGGGCCUAGAGUACAACUCACUCAUGAUGUCAUCAUCGUCAACCAAAUGACCACUGUGAUCUCAAUGCAGUAGGAGCCUCUCAUGUUGAUGUUGAAUAACUACGUGCUAUAUGUGUCUUUAAAAAAACAAAUUAUGGCUUGUUUUCUCCAAUCGUUCUUGUUUAAUAACAAUCAAGGAGUUAUUUUUUUUUUUUAUAUAUAUAUAUA